UUAAAUGAGAUAGAGAGAGUAUGUGUCCAUACCAACUAUAAAACACUUAUUCUGCAUUCAAGAACUAUUCAUUGAUCAGCGAUAAGCUGUGUUGUGCCCUUGGUCUUGUAUUUUCUGGUCUUGUAUUCUGUCUGUUGCUCACUUGUUUAUUUUUCUACCUAACACACACACACCGUGUCAGAGCACUUGAUAAAAUCUCAUUUGUAUUUUGUCCCUCUGUUUGGUCUUGUUUGACUUCCUUAUUUUCACCAGUACAGUGCAUUUCCCUGUAAUGAGAGCUAAUCGCAGUGUUCUGCAUUCAAAUUAUCAACCCAGGUUGGACUCUCUGACUAAUCAUGCGAUUAAUCUAGUAGUUGGACAAUUCAGCGUGCUGUCCCUUCCUCUUGCAGCUGGCUGAUGAACUGCUGUCCAAGUGGGAAUCCUACCCAGCCUCUCAGCACAUUCCCCUGUGCCAGCACCUGCUGGGCCUCGCUAUGAAGUCAGCUACCCAGACUGCGAUGGGUAGCAGGUUCGAGGACGAUCAAGAAGUGAUCCAGUUUCGCAAAAACCACGAUGCUAUUUGGUCAGAGAUUGGGAAGGGCUUUUUGGACGGAUCCCUUGAGAAAAGCUUUACCAGGAAAAAGCACUACGAGGAUGCACUCGCAGAAAUGGAAUCAUUGCUGAAGAAAGUUGCGAAAGAAUGGCGAGGCAAGAGCUUCAGCCAGCAUGUAUUCAUGGAUACAUUACUUCAGGGAAAUCUGAGUGAGAAACAGGUGUUGGAGGACAGUAUGAUUUUCUCCCUGGCUGGCUGUGUGAUAGCUGCCAAUUUGUGCAGCUGGGCAGUUUAUUUCCUGUCAACUUCAGAAGACGUGCAAGAGAAGCUUUACAGAGAGUUCAACCAGGUGCUCGGAAAGAGUCCCAUUUCUUUUGACAAGAUAGAACAAUUAAAAUCCAAAAUGACAGCGAAGGAAAGAGUAGAACGAAUGUUCAGGAUGAAAUCUUCCAUUUACUUUAAAUAUUGGAUACUGCUGGUCAGUCUGACGCUGGUUAUAUAUGCCCUUGGUGUGGUUCUUCAGGACAGCACAGCAUGGCCCUUACCGUACAGGUUUGAUCCGGACAGAUUUAAUGAAGAAUCUGCCAGGAGAAAUCUGUCACUGCUCGGGGUCUCAGGAAGUCAGGAGUGUCCUGAGCUGAGGUUUGCCUACACUGUAGCCACAGUCCUGCUCAGCUCCCUUGUGAGGGAACUGAAGCUCCACCACGUCCAGAACCAAGCUCUGGAGACCAAAUAUGAGCUUGUCUCGUCACCCAAGGAGGAAACAUGGGUAACAGUGAGCAAGAGGACCUAGAGUCUGUACAGCUGACCAAUGUGGGGUUAUUAGUGCAGGAGAUCUCUUUGUGAUGUUGGUCUGAUUCGAAAGGCACCUUUGUGGUACAUUGCUGGAGUCUAGUCUAAUGAUCUAAACAGUUGCUAAUUUUAAUACUGGCACCCUAGUAUUUUCCCUUUUAAUGUAUUCUUAUUGUAUGUACUGCAGUAAUGUUUGUAAGCAGGUGGGAGGCACUAGAAAAACUCAUGUAGUGUUAAAGAGUGGCAGAUAUUUAUAUUUGCCAUGGUUUAUAUUAUUAAAUUAUACCCUGGUGUGUUAGUGACAAUGAAGCAUUUCUUUGAACAGAUUUCAAAGAGCGAGAUUAAACCCUGCCAGGUUUUUAAAAUGCACCCUCUCAUUCCAUUUGAAUGAUGGAUUUCAAUAUAUAUUUUACCAAAUGAAUCAAACUGUUCAAGUAGUAUGGUGUUACGCACUUUAAAAUCAUGGA